CUUUUUCUUAAAACCAAAACACAAGGAAGACUAAACACCUGCUUCCAGAUAUGGCCUAUUAUCUACCCAACCGGAUGCUGUUCCUCACUUCCAACCAGAAGUCUUCAUUCAGGAACAUACCUCACCAUGAUCCUUAUACCGUCAGCAGCCGCCCUGCUGUCCACAACAGCCCUUCAGAGCUGCUGUGAGUGCUAUUCAGUCUUUCCACCACGGAGGAAAGCUGCGACAAUCCUUCACUCAGCAUACUCACGUCAACAGUCCUUCACUCACUAUACUCAUACAGAAAGAUCCUGUUGGGGAACCUCAGUCGAGGAAUGUGUUGAAUCAGGAAAGAGUUAUUAUAAAGUAAAAAAUCUAGGAGUAUCUGGCAGUUGUAAUGGGGCUAUAUGUCCAAAAGGGAAGCACUGGCGUUGUUUCACCAAAAUUGGACAAUGGGGAAUAAACACUCAAGUGCUCCAGGACAUAAAGAGAGAACAGACUGUAGCCAAAGUCAAAGCCUCAAAACCAACAACUACCCCUGAAAAUCACCUGGGAUACUUCCAUCCCUCUAUAUAA